GGGGACGUGACGAUCCGAAAUAUCCUCGACGAAUAGGCAACGUUUUAUUCAAACAAAUCGCGGAUUGCUCUCCCCGUUUUAGAUUCCUCUCCCCUUCCUUGCUCGCUCGCUUUGGUCUCGCUUGAUCUCUCCGCUUCGCUGCGUCGCCUUCGUCCUCGAUUCGUGCAUUGGUAAGGCGGUGGAGGACGCGCGCGAGUGGGAGAGGUACGAGUGCGGGAUCUCGGAUCUGUCGAUGGGACUUGGAAGGGUGAGAUCUGGCUGAGGUAACUAUUGGGAUCUCCGGCGAGGUGUUUUGGUGUGACCGUCCUGUGGUUUUUCGAGGUCGCUUCUCCUAAAACGGCGUGGAUCCUGUGAGCGAUCACUCCUGAUCUCCAGAGCGAUGCAGUUACGAGUUAGUUUUGAAGAGUUGUUAUAGUAAUUCCUGUGCUAAAUUAUCGUAGCUUGAGCAAUGACGGCGGAUGCGAUCGAGUUUAGUGUUGGAUCUCGGGUCGAAAUCGAGGGGUCGGUUGGUCUGGGUUUAGGGAAGGACGGUGAUCGAAAGGUUUCAGGGGACGCUAAUGGCAUUGCUUGUUUGGUUGGUGAGGAGAAGGUCAGUGGUCGGACUGGAAGAUUGAUCGCGAUGGGGAAUGGUAAUUUGGACGAAUCAUGGCAGCAGGAUCUUGAUGUGGAUGUCAAAUUAGAUCCGGUUGCUGUAGGAGAUCUAGAACCGAUCAAGGUGAAAGGAGAAAAUGGGGAAUUGACUCCUGAGAAAGUGGGUGAUCUCGACGGAAAUGCUGAUUCCACUACAGAUGUAUCAGUGACCGUGGAUGAUGAUUGCAAACAUGUUACCACCCGUUGUGAUGUGGAAGAGGAAGGAGUCGAAUCAGAUUCUGGAACAGUGGCCAAGGAAGGAAUAGGUGAAGCGCUCGAGGGAAGUCUAGUUAAUGAGGUGCGAGAUGAGAAGGUACGAGACAUUACAAGUGGAAUCUGUGGAGUGAACGAAAAGGCAUGCAGUGAAGAGGGCAUUAUGGAGCUGAGCUUGGAGAAUGGUCAGGAUCACGUAGAGGAUGGUAGUAGUCGAGAAGCUGCUAAGCCAGACUUGCAUGUUGAGGUAGAAAAACAAGAAAGCAAAAUUCUAGUCAAGGAUGCGGACUUUGAAAAAGAAGAAUCAACUGCUGAAGUAGGGAAGGAGAGCAACGCUCUGGUUACAGCAAUUGAUAAACAUAGCAAUUUAGAAUUAUCAGUUUAUGAUGAAAAUCAACAAUGCGAGAGUUUAGGUAUUGAGACACAACUAGAAGAGGCAUCCAAAAUAUUUUCUGUAGAAGAUGAUAAACAAGAAAGCAAAAACGAACUUAAGCUUAACAAUAUCCACUAUGAGAAAGAAGAGGUGACAGUUGUCAUAGCUGAUGAAAAGCAAGAAAUUUUCACUUUGAAUUCAGAUGAUAAUAGCCAAGCAUAUAGGGAGAUGAAUGUUUUAUUGCUGGAGACAGAAGGAUCUGAGUCUGUGUUUAAAGCAACAAAAAAGCAUGACCAAGAAAAGCUGGUUAUUCCUGAAACUCAUGUUUCAGACAAUAAAGAGCAAGAAGCUUUAGAAUUAGCUACCGAAGUAGAACUGAUUGAGGAGCCUCAGGAUCAAAGGAUGUGUAUUUGUAACCAAGGUGAAUUGAUAUCAGCUGUUGAAGUUCAACAAGAACAGAAUUUUGAGGGAUUGGUUACAGAGAACCAGCCUUAUGAAUAUUCUGCUGAUCAUGAGCAUAUUGGUCGGCCUACUUCAGAAGAAUGUUUAGAAGAAAAUAGGACACAUAUAGUUGUCAAUAGUAUAGCCAAUUUAGAAACAGUAGAUAGUAGUGGAUGUUCCAAAGUUCACAACGAUCUUCCUGCACCUGAGAUUAGUGCCAUGAUUGAUGAAGCUGUAGCAAGUGGUGAGACCAUUGGUGACAUUUUGAUUGUUGAACAGUCCAAUGAUUUGCAUCCCAAAGAAGAUUGCUGCAGCUCAGAUGUAUCUUGUGUUGCUGAGAGCAAGUCACUGGAUUCUUCUAUUUGUCCCCAGACUCUGUCAAAUUCUGACAAUGGAUCUUCUAGCUGCCAAGAUGCAUGCCCUUCAGAACAGGAAGCUGGCACGCCAAGUGCAGUUGAUGUUCCCAGCCCAACAGCAGGUGGAUAUGAUGUAGCUGAAAAUGGUAGUUGUAUAGCUGAAACUAAUGAACAUGAAGUUGUAAAUGAUGUCGAUGCCAUUGAAUCUGAAUUUCCUGUUUCAAAGGAACCUGUAGAAUCUAGCACUUCUUUGGAUAGUUCAAAUGAAGUAGAGAGGUCAUUGGAUGGUGGAAGCAAUAGUGUCCAUGGAGAAGCUGGAGUUCUAGAAGAGAGUCAGGAGCUAGUCAAAGAUCAUACUGCAUCAAAUUUAUCUGUUGAAAAGGUGACGACCAGUUUUGGUAAACCACAAGCCUGUCACAUAGUUAAAAUUCCAAGAUUUAUUGACAAUCAACUUUCGGUAAGCAUACAAACAGCACAGUCAGAGGUGAAUGAGAAAACACAAGGAAGGGAUUCUAUAAAAGUUUCUAUUGAGAGGCAGAAGGCGACAUGUAAUGAAUUCUGGAAGAAAUUUGAAGAUGAAAAAUCAGAAGAGCGAGCUGCAAGAGCUGUGGUUACUGCUAAACGCCAGCAGAUGGACUCUCUCCAGUUAAGGAUAAACAAGUUGAAAAAUGUACAAUCAAUUGAGGAACUUGAUUCCAAGAUACAAUCAAUGGAAUUUGAGCUUCAGCAUGUAACCAUGCCAUUGAAACAAGAAAAGAAGUAUAUUCAUGAGAUUAAACAGAUGAGACAACAGCGUGACCAACUCACUUCAAAUGCGUACUCAAGUACUGAAAUCAAUGAGGCAUUUGACCAAAAGGAACAAAUUGAUGAGCAAUUUAAUCUUUUGAAGAAGGAACUGGAUUCUCUUAGAACUGAGGUGCUGCGAACUGAAGCCAAUGCAAACGCUGCAAGGAAGAAAUAUGAUGAGGAACAACAAAUUUUGAGACGUCUUCAACAACAAUUCAGGGAUGCUGAUGCUCUUCGCCAGAAGGCAUAUGGGCAUUGGCGAGAACUCAAAAAUAAGUUAACUGAAAGGAAUAAACAUUUUAGCAUGUACAAGAGUGAUCAGAUAUCUGCUCAAAGGUAUUUAUAUUCAAGAGAUUUUGAGGGACUCCACACACAUUGUAGCAAACAGGUUGAAAAUAUAAUGGAUCUAUGGAACAAUGAUGAGGAGUUUAGAAUGCAAUAUGUUAAAUCCAACUUGAACAGCACGCUGUGGAGACUUAAGACAGCUGAUGGAAGAUCUCUUGGUCCAGAUGAGGAGCCGCCUGUUAUUCAAACUAACCAAUUCAGGGUUUCGGUCUCUCUUCCACAACAGCCCAAAAUAAGUUAUUCUGAUCCACCUACAUCGUUGGAAACAAAAGCUGGUACUUCCAAGGAAGUUGAAUCCUUUCCGGUUCUGCAAACAGCAAGAAAAGAUCAUCCUGUUAAACCUAAAAAAUCAUCCAAGCCUGCUUCAGAAAUCUCUAAUGUAGCUAUAACCGCUAGAAUUCCAGAUAAAGAAAUUGAAAUUGAUGAGAAGCUGAGUGUUCAAACACAGGCAGAAGAGGAGCUCCUAAAGAAACAAGAAGAGUUGGUUAUGCAAGAAGAAUUGAGAAAAGAAAAGGCUGCAGCAGAGUUAAAAGAACAACAUCGCUUAGAAGAAAUAGCAAAAGCCAAGGCGGCAGAAGAAAGGAAAAGGAGACAAGCUCAGAAGGCACAGGCUAGAGCAGAGUUCCGAGCACAAAAGGAAGCUGAGAAAAGGGAGAAGAUGCGAACAAAGAAGCAGAAAAAGAAAGUCGUUGCUGCUGAAGACACAACGUCUAUUCAUGGUGCCGACGAAUGCAUUGCUCCCUCUUCCGUAACUACGCAAACUACUAAGGAACUCAAUGUUACAGCAGUACCAUUGACAAAGAAACCUUCUAGGUCAGUAGCUGCAGCAAAGCAAUUCAACAAGCCCCAACCCAUUCCUUUGCCACUUCGUAAGAAGGGAAAGAGGAAGAUGUCCGCUUGGCUGUGGGUGCUUCUGACAGCCGUAGUAGUAGUCUUACUAUUCCUCGCGGGCGAUUACAUCUCCUUCUCCACUUUUGGGUUCCAACAAAUCGGCCUUUAAACCAUUCUAGUUGCAUACACUACACACACAGACAUAAUAUUAAGAUUAUGGUCUACAGAGGAUGGGAAUGGGUGUCAUACGUGCGUGGCAACUGGCAACCAUUCUUUGUGCACUAUCAUAUCCAGUUUUCUUUCAUUAGAUUGCUCUCUACAUAAUAUGAUCCUUUUGGUUUGUGAUUUGGUUUUAAACGAUAGUACUAUAUUUAUUGAUUCGGUUGGGACAUCGAGUUACUUAUGUGCUGGCUAAAUUUAAGAUAGUAAGAAUUCUGUAUUUAUCAUGAUUCA